CGCAACCACGCCUAAUCGGUUCAAGCACUCCCGAUGGCACCCAAAGACACGCUGCUGUCCCUUGAUCUGGGGCUUCAGGAUUGCUUGUACAGAAUACGCCGUGACGACAAAGGCAACAGAAGGGUUAUCUAUGUUACGGUUAAGGACCUGGAUAUCAUUCCAGAGGAAUCGCGAACAUACGGCCCCGGGAGGAAUACGGGAAUUAUCCCAGCUCGCCAUGGAGAUAUCAACAGGGACAACAUAUUUAUCACCAACGACGGAGUCAGGUUCAUUGAUUUCGAGGAAUCUUGUGUCAACUCUGCCGGGAGCAAUGAAGGCUGGGAUAGGACGAAGAGCGAGGAAAUGCAGAGCCUAGCUGAGAACUUAUCGGACAGUUCUGGCAAGGGGCGCCCGUGGACGACCAUCAACAGCCUCCCAAGUUGCUCAAAUCCUUAAAAACUUGGCCUAUCGAAGCAAAAAAAACCCAAUGAUCGGGGCUAUCAUUGAUCAAGAACCAGAUCAAGGUAAUAAUAUGUCAAACUUGACCGAUAGACCAAAGAGGUGUCUAGACGAUUAUUACGUUCCUGAUACAGCAUAAUGUUUGGUCAACAUAAUACUAUUCAAUAG